AUGUAUCAAUGCAAAUAUUUUGAAAAUUAUUUUUUGGUUCAUCUAAGAAAAGUUGACGAACGUAUCGAAUGGGAUCGACAGUUUUCGGAUGUGACGGAAAAGGAUGUUGAGGAAAUAAAAUCUAAAGUGGAAGUAUGUUCUCUUCGUUUUGUCUUGAUGUUGUAUCUUCAAAACAUACAUAAAACCAGUUUAUGUUCUAAUAUUGUUAUGCAGGAAGAAUGGCCGUCGCAAUUCAAACAAUCUCGCCACAAGAGACAGGAUCACAUGGAACAAAAGCAAUUAAUGUUUGUUCGAACAAAUCUGGAAGAAAUAAUAGGAUUAUUGACGGAUGAAGAUAAGUUCACCGACGAAAUAUCAGAAUGUGUGAUAGAAGCAUUAAGUUUCUUAAUCGAAGGCUCAUCAGAUAAAAAUCGAACUGUAGCGACAUUACACGAUAUAGUACGGAUGGAAGAAAACAAAAAAGAAACGAGCUUUAAAAUGGAGUCCAGAACAUUUGAUUACAGAAAACUGAUGAAGUGGAUAAAAACUCAUUUGGGUCCGAAUCCUUUCAAUAUAUGUACCGACGUCACUAGAGAGCGAUGCUCGUCUUGGCCCAGAAUUGGUAAGUUUUAAUUAAAAAUCUAAAAUAGACUACACUACACUAUU